AUGAUGUCGAAGCUCAAGGAGUCCUUGGCUGGUCCAGGGUACGUGAUACUCAACACCAUCCGCGCGCUCAACAUCAUCGUCUUCCUCGAUAUCAUUGCCGCCUGUGCAGUCAUGUUGGUCAAGAUCAACAUGUACAACGGGUUCUUCUUUUUCCAAGCCGUCACCCAUGCAGUCAUGGCCCUCAUCAGCAUCGGCCUCAUCAUUUCCGAACUCCCCUUCUUCCGGGGGUUCUUCAAUCGGCAGUAUCCCAUGUUCGGCGAAGAGGCCGGCUUCUACGCUUUGGCAGGCAUCAUGAUGAUUCUCGGCGUCUCCAUACUGGGCAACCUGAACAGUAAGGCCAUGAGCCAGGACAACCUCGGCCUGGCAUUCUGGAGAAUCAUCAUUUCAGCCGGUAUCCUCGCCAUGGUUGUUAGCCUCGUGAACGUCCUAGCUACCCUCAUCUUCACCAAUCACACGCAGGGCCUCAGCGCCCGCCACGUCCGGCAAUACGGGGCUGUCGCCCCGCAAAAGGUGGUGAGUCGGGCCAGCAGUAACCGCUCCUUUCAAGCCAGUCUGAAUAUGAAGCGUGAAGACGACUCGCUCCCAAGCUACACCCCGCAGUCAGCCACCAAACGCUUCACCAAGCGUCUGACUGGGAGAUUCCCCAUCAAGAUCUCCAAUCCGAUGAAUCCCACCAACAAUGGCACUAGCCUGAAUGCACCACCAGUUAACGAUGCCGCGUCUUCUCGGUACUCGCGUGAUUCGGCGGGCAUUGCUAUGCCGGACCCGGCGCGUCAUCCUAUGUAUCACAAUGGUGGAUCGAAUAUGUCCUUCGAUGAGAUAGAGGUCCUCUUCUUGCUGGCUUCGAACAUGGCUGGCAUCGGGAUCUCUUGGGGGACCGUCAAGUCUCUUCUCAUCUUCUUCGGUCCCGUCCUCCUCCCUCGUUUGAUCACAGCCUAUCGCAGUCUCCGCGUAUCAAUCGCAAGCCGACCUCCUCCGCGCCCAAUCCCGGCCGGCGCCAAUCGCGCAUUGAACCUCUUCUUCGCCAGCAUCGCCCUCUUCCUCGUCCUCAGCCUCCCAUUUAACCCUCACGCCCCUGAACCCAAUAUCUUCUCCCUUACCCGGUCACGAAUCAACACUCCUAUCGAUGUGGUCUUUCACCGUCUAUCGCGCCUCCGGCCUGACAGCGUCUUGACGGACGCUGACGUGCGGCUACGCGAGAAACUCACCUCCCUCGGAGCCCGCAAGGUUUACCUGACCUUCGGCGCAGAUGCCUUGGUCUCAUGCCAAUACUGCUCCUUUGAGGACCUCAACACCUACCUACUCUACUACCUCCCGUUCCACAUCCUCCUACCACACGUGGUACACCUCUUGAUCCUAGGUGUGGCCACGUCUGCCCCCUUCGCAGGCCGCGAAGCCGCCCGCUGGCGUACCAAGUUCACACUCGCCGGCCUGGCGCUGGCAGCACUGGACAUCUGGAUUGUGGUACGGUACGAUGCAAUCACUUCGGCUUCCCCCGCCGUGCGGGCGGGCCAAGUACCCCCCAUCGGCCUCUACAACCUAAUUUCCCUCCUCCGGCCACUGGCAUUUACCGUGUGUGACGCGGUCUGUGCAAUCGUCAUCUACCUCUCCUCCACCAACCGCUUCUUCUUCAAGCCCCCCUCGCAAGCGGAUCAAUUAGACCAGGCGGUGUCCGCCGCGCUGACCAUGCUGACGGGCGCUAACAACAAGCUCCAUGCGGCGAGUGUGACCCGCAAUGCGGUCGUCCGGGAUAAGGCGCUAAAGACGCGCGAUGAUGUCUACUGGCAGGCGAUGGUGGCGGUCGAGAACCCCACUCGAGGCUCCGGAGGAGCCGAGCAGAUUGAGGGUGUGGAGCGGGUGGACGUGGUCAAUAAUAUUUGGGAAGAGGAGGAAGUGGCUCGGGCCAUGUCGAGAGCGAUGGCUGGACAGGGAGGAGUUGAUUUGGCGCAAUUGGGAAUGAAUGCGAAUGAGUUUGUGCGCGGUGUUACGGAGGGUUUGGAUUAG